AUGGUGACCCACCCUCUCCUGCUGUUUACAUCUGGGUGCAUAGAAGAGACCCUCUGUGGGGGUGGGGAGCAGAUGUGUGUGUGUGUGUGUCUGUCUGUCUGUGUCUGUUUGUGUCUGUUUGUCUGUGUGUGUGUGUGUGUGUGUGUGUGUGUGUGUGUGUGUGUGUGUGUGUGUGUGUGUGUGUGUGUGUGUGUGUGUGUGUGUGUGUGUGUGUGUGUGUGUGUGUGUGUGUGUGUGUGUGUGAUCCCGAAGCAGCCCUCUGCUUUCUAUCUUAGUCAUUCAGGUAGAUUUUCACAGUAUUCCAACAUAGUCUGAAGUAAACGGUCAGCAGGACUGCAGUUGAGUCAAAGAAGUUGAAGUCAUGGAAAGGAUAUUAUUGUGGUAUGUGAAGCUGAAACAGCCAGGCAACAACAUUUUCCAUAUUGGAAAAAAGAGAGGGAAAAAAUACCUCCUCUCCAUGUAAAUCUAUUCCAGACACCUGAAAAGAGAGCGGAGAAACCAGGGCAACCACUUAAAGGGGGAGGAGUUAUCAAAGAGAAGGAAUAGGAGGAGGCAAUGAACAGGGUCUCAGAUUCCCAUCAACAUUAAUAUUAAUGAUGAUGCCAUUUUUCCCUCUCAUACUUUUUGCGUGCCUAGUGCUAUCCGGGGUCCUUGGGACGUCCCUACCCUAGCCCUAACCUUAACCCCUACCCUUACCCUUACCCUAACCUUAGCCAUAACCCUUACCUAACCAUACCCUUAACCCUUAACUUAACCAUUUAAAAUGUCUACUUCAAUGGGGUAGGGAUGUCCCAAGGAUACCGGAUAGCUUUUGCCUAUAGACAAAGAAGGCGGAGCCUGAUGGUAAACGCCCUCCCACCUUAUAUAGAAGACAGCAGGGAUGCCGUGACACAACCAAUGAGCACAGGCCCUUAUGACUCACCCUAAACCCCUAAACAACGUCACCAGCUCUCACUACCUCCCACAUAAUAUGGGACUACAAAUAGAUGUAAUUUAGCAUGUUUAUGGAGUUCAAUACAGUAUUAGUCACUGGUUUACAACAGACCACUUUACAUUACUCUCCUAUUGGACUUAUCUUUUCAGCUCUAAAUACUUUUUCAUAAAAGCUGGUUACGGAUGGAGCUCGUUGUCUCUUCUCUCUUCUGUCCUCCAGACCAGACUGCCUCAGUGCGUUUCCCAGAUGUAUAAUGAUAUACUGCGCUGCUCUGGACUUGCCCCCAUUGCCAGUGAGAGAGGUCGCGUCCCAAAUGGCAUCCUAUGUAGUGCACUACUUUUGACCAGAGCCCUAUGGACCCCUAUGGGCCCUGGUCAAAAGCAGUGCACUACAUAGCGAUUAGUGUGCCAUUUGGGACUCAACCACAGAGAGAGAGAGGUGCUCCAGACAACUGGACUCACUUAAAUCUGUUCCUCAUGUGUGCAGUAAUAGGACUUCUCUCACACUGCCUUGGCUUGACUUAACCCUUUCACGAUAUUGCAGACAGAAACCUAUCCCAUGCUGAUGCCUUCUGAAUGUACUGUACAUUCUACUUUAUACAACGGGUGGGUCUAAUCCUGAAUGCUGAUUGGUUAAAACCGCAUUCCAGCCAGUGUCUGUUCCACAAGUUACCACCGGCUAAAUCUAUGACGUUAAAAUGCCUAUUUACUCUGUUCCAUCUGACUGCGCAAUCCACUGUCUCAUCAGCCCAGCCAGGCAACUUAUAAACUUGAUCUCCACCAUAAAAAGCAUCUACAUUAUCUCACAAACUAACAAUUAUCAGUAUUCCUUGUAGUUCUUCCAUCUCUGCCAGCUGGCUAUAUCAUGCUACAGAUGUAGGAUCUUAAUUUGAGCCAGUUUGCUACAGCAGGAAAAUAAUCCUGCAGCAAAAGGACAUUUGAAAUAUGUGGAUUAUAAUUAAUGGCAUUUUUGUAGAAUCAUUGACAUUCUUUGAAUUUGAACUGAAACGACCUUUGUAUAUUUCUUCAUGAGCACUAGACUUUUUAUAAAUAAUCCCUUGCUGGACAAUCUCUCACUGGUCUUAAAUCCCAUUAUACAGUACGUUGCAGGUUUUUUCUCUGAAACCAAAGAUAGAGUUAUCCACCAAUUUGCCUGUUGCUCCUGACUCCAGGGACAUUGUGUGGGGAUAUUUCUGUCACGCUUAUUAUGCCUUUGCUGACCAUACUAUGAGUCAUGUGGACACAGAGGAAGAUAACUAUGUCUUAGGCAGAACCUAGGGAGGUUCCCAACUUUGAUUCUCUUUCACGCCAUGCACUUUCUCUCACUAAACUUCAACUCUCACAGACGGGGAAUAGGGAUAGUUAGCGUAUUGUUGUUGGAUAACCCUUAGAUACCCUGGGCGGUAUCUUGCUCAUUUCUUUGACUCUGUGGGCUAACAGAGAAGCAAGCAAUGCAAUGAGCAUCAAUGCAGACAGCUGCAAGGCCCAAAUAGCUUGUUUAAACAUAGAAGAUGUAAAACUUUCGGACGGAAAACAGCUGUGUUCUGAGCCAUCUGAGCCUCAGUUGUUAUCUAUCUCCAACAGGACAAUCAUUUCCAAGUUUGCCCCCCCCCCCCCCCAUGUUUAUGUACGAUGACUCAUUUUUACACUCACAUGCCCUACCCCCACCCCCAUCCUACGGUAAUAACUCCUCAAUAACCCCACCCCCUCACUCUCUUAGUAACAGCACUCUGAAACGUUUUUGAGACAGAGACAGAGACAGAGACAGAGAGAGAGAGAGAGAGAGAGAGACAGAGACAGAGACAGAGACAGAGACAGAGAGAGAGAGAGAGAGAGAGAGAGAGAGAGAGAGAGAGAGAGAGAGAGAGAGAGAGGGGGGGGGGGGGGGGGGGGGGGGUUGGGGUUGGGGUGAUAGUAGGUCACAGUCGAAGUUCUAUAAUUUGAAGCACAUAAAGUAAAUGAGCGCUCCUUAAAAAGUUUUUACCUCUGCUUCCUUCCUUCCAUCCUGGUCUGUAUAGGUAAAGCCGGGAACAGCAUGCCAGCAGCAUUCUGAUAUGCGUUUAGGCCUGUUGGUGUAAUGCUCUGAAUUCUUUGACACAGCAUGCCUGGUGCUUUGUGAUUCAUACAUGUGCCAGCAAUCUCCUACAGUAUAGUAUCAAAGCCAUCAGAAGUCCUGCCUUACUGGACUGAUAUCUAAUGAAUGCAGGGGUAUAUUGUACAGCUGGCCAUCUGUUACUGACUGGUGGUCUAUCUUGAGCCAAGGCAACUAACAAUGUAUUUUCUUCCUGCCAACACUAUCUACAGGAUGGUGUACCUGUUAAUGUAGUGGGGCUCAUUACCUAUAUAACCUAAAUCCCAGAGUGCAUCCCAGUACUGACAAAUAGGAAUGAAUACUGCUUCAGUACAGCUAAGCCGAGUUUCACAGUAUAUGUUUACUUGCAGGUUCUUUCCUUCAAUAUUUCACAUGGAAGGUUAAUCACCACAGUGUUCCAAGCAGAGAAAGAGAAUAUAUGUCUUGGAGCAUAGCCUGUCAUUUAAAAACCUCACCUGCCCUGGUCAUUGUCAACUGCUGCUGUAUGUAUGUGUUUUUAUCUAUCUCUUCUCUCAUCUCUCUCUCUCUCUUCUCUCCUCUUCUCUCUCUUCUCUCUGUCUCUCUCUCUCUCUUCUAUAUCUCUCUCUAUUCCCUCUUCUCUCUCUCUCAUAUAUCUCUCUAUUCUCUCUCUCUCCUUUCUCUUCUCUCUUCUUUGUCUCUCUCUGUGUCUCUCUCUCUCUGUGUGUGUGUCUCUCUCUCUGUGUCUCUCUCUCUGUGUGUGUCUCUCUCUCUCUCUCUCUCUCUCUCUCUGUGUCUCUCUCUCUGUGUCUCUCUCUCUCUCUGUGUGUGUCUCUCUCUCUCUCUGUCUCUCUCUGUGUGUGUCUCUCUCUGUGUGUGUCUCUCUCUCUCUCUCUCUCUCUCUCUCUCUCUCUCUCUCUCUCUCUCUCUCCUCUCUCUCUCUCUCUCUGUGUCUCUCUCUCUGUGUGUGUGUGUCUCUCUCUCUCUCUCUCUCUCUCUUUAGUCAGUGAAAUAAGUCUAUCAUUAUGGGAGUGUGUGUUCCUCCUCUUUAAUCACUGACUCUAUCUCUACCCUGUGUCUCUCUCAUCACACUCCCCCUAUAGGGAACUCCUCUGGACCUGUGUGCCGGUCACCUAACUUUGUCUACGUGCAAAAGUUAGGUGCCCUCAGAACAGCCUCAAUUCGUCGGUGCAAGGUGUCAAAAAUGUUCAACAGGGAUGCUGGCUCAUGAAUUUUUAUUCCUGAACUUAUUUAGGCUUGCCAUAAGAAAGGGGUUGAAUACUUAUUUACUCAAGACAUUUCAGCUUUUCAUUUUUUAUUAAUUUGUAAACAUUUCUAAAAACAUAAUACCAAUUUGACUUUAUGGGGUAUUGUGUGUAGGCUAGUGACACAAAAUCUCAAUUUAAUCCAUUUUAAAUUCAGGCUGUAACACAACAAAAUGUGGAAAAAGUCAAGGUGUGUGAAUUCUUUCUGAAGGCACUGUAUCUAUAAUUCCGUUGAUGUAUUCAAAACCUUUUUAUGAAUCAAAUGGAAUGUACCUCAACUACAAUUUGUUAUAUUGUAUAUUACAUUCACUAAAACUGAUGGAAGUCAUGUCUUAAGCCAUUUCUCUUGUUGAUUUCCUGUUUCAACUGGCUGCAGGGCCGGAUUAACACAUCAUAGGCCCACCCGCCCCCCGACCCAAAACAAAACAGAAUAUUUGGGGUUAAACUCAGUCUGGGUCUCAACUUACUGUUGAAAUUUAGAAUAGUAGGAUACACAAGGUGCAAUUUAGAAAUGUUGUUGUGAAUCAGCAGUUUCUCUUUUUGAAUGGCAUUCACUGACAGUCACUCAAUUAGCUAUGUCAUCUAACAAUUUCAAGAUUAGUAAAUUAGUCUAGCCAGCUAUCUAAACUUGGGGGAAAUAUGAGACGCCAUGAUAGGGGCCAGCAAGACGAGAGACCAACGCUAGCCAAUCAAACACAGAACGCUGGCUAGCCUGACACAGAGACAGAGGCUCCAGGCAACACUGGAAAAGAAGGAGAAAAAGGUUUCAGCAAAAUAGCAGACGGCUAGAAGAAAAUAAUGAGGGAACUCUCCUUCUUGUCCUGAGAAGGACUUUCAGUAGGAGAGAAUGUGGAGUUUAGACUGGAACUCUUUUAAGCUAGUCAAUUACAUUAAGUGAUAAAUUAAGUGCUACAAGGGGUCUAGCCCUCAAGGACUGGAGUUUGCACGCAUUCAAAUGAAAGGGCAAAAUCUCAAUUUAUUCUGUGGGCAUUUCAUUCCCAUUUGUGAGUGACCAUCAUGUACCACACAUCAGGGAGCCCAUUGUAAACCAUGAUGUUUAGUUUUCUUAUGACAGACAAAUCAACACAUAAUCCUCUAACAUGGACUGGGCAGACUUGAUUCUAAUGACAAGACUGACUGUUGCAUUAGCGUGUGAAGGGAAACAUUGGGAAUCCCCAUGGGGAGAUCUUCAACUGUGUGACAGGUCCUAAUGAUAAACUCUUUGACCCUUAGGAAACCUCAAGUUCCAGGGGUUUACGCUGGACCAAACAACCACUAUACUGUUAGAAAAAAGACUUCCAAAAGGGUUCUUCGGCUGUCCCCAUAGGAGAACCCUUUUUGGAGCUCUGAGAAAGACUUCUGCAAAUGUAAUCUAAACAACUAUCUAGACACUGACUCACUGUUGGUAUUAUAUAGGGUAUAGUGCCAGUGUGAAAGUCAAUGUUGAAGAUGCAUUACUGUACCACCUAAAUAUACUGAACAAAAAUAUAAGCGCAACAUGUAAAGUGUUGGUCCCAUGUUUUCAUGAGCUGAAAUAAAAUAAUCCAGAAAUGUUUCUCUCAAAUGUUCUGCACAAAUUUGUUUACAUCCCUGUUAGUGAGCAUUUUUCUCCUUUGCCAAGAUAAUCCAUCCACCUGACAGGUGUGGCAUAUCAAGAAGCUGAUUAAACAGCAUGAUCAUUACACAGGUGCACCUUGUGGUCCUCUGUAGCUCAGCUGGUAGAGCACGGCGCUUGUAACGCCAAGGUAGUGGGUUCGAUCCCCGGGACCACCAAUACACAAAAAUGUAUGCACGCAUGACUGUAAGUCGCUUUGGAUAAAAGCGUCUGCUAAAUGGCAUAUUAUUAUUAUUAUUAUAUUAUUAUUGUGCUGGGGACAUUAAAAGGCCACACCAAAAUGUGCAGUUUUGUCACAACACAAUGCCACAGAUGUCUCAAGUUUUGAGGGAGCGUGCAAUUGGCAUGCUGACUGCAGGAAUGUCCACCAGAGCUGUUGCCAGAUAGUUGAAUGUUCAUUUCUCUACCAUUAGCCUCCUCCAACGUCGUUUUAGGGAAUUUGGCAGUACGUCCAACCGGCCUCACAACCGCAGACCAUGUGUAAUCAUGCCAGCCCAGGACCUUCACAUCCGGUUUCUUCACCUGCAGGAUGGUCUCUGACAAGCCACCCGGACAGCUGAUAAAACUGUGGGUUUGCACAACCAUAGAAUUUCUGCACAAAUUGUCAGAAACCGUCUCAGGGAAGCUCAUCUGCGUGCUUGUCGUUCUCACCAGGCUCUUGACAUGACUGCAGUUCAGCGUCGUAACCGACAUCAGUGGGCAAAUGCUCACCUUCGAUGGCCACUGGCACGCUGGAGAAGUGUGAUCUUCAAGGAUGAAUCCCGGUUUCAACUGUACCGGGCAGAUGGCAGACAGCGUAUAUGGCGGUGUGUGGGCGAGCGGUUUGCUGAUGUCAACGUUGUAAACAGAGUGCCCCAUGGUGGUGGUGGGGUUAUGGUAUGGGCAGGCAUAAACUACGGACAACGAACACAAUUGCAUUUUAUCGAUGGCAAUUUGAAUGCACAGAGAUACCGUUACGAGAUCCUGAGGCCCAUUGUCGUGCCAUUCAUCCGCCGCCAUCACCUCAUGUUUCAGCAUGAUAAUGCACUGCCCCAUGUCGCAAGGAUCUGAACACAAUUCCUGGAAGCUGAAAAUGUUCCAGUGCUUCCAUGGCCUGCAAACUCACAUUACACAUUGAGCAUGUUUGGGAUGCUCUUGAUCGACGUGUACGACAGCGUGUUCCAUUUCCCGCCAAUAUCCAGCAACUUCGUACAGCCAUUGAAGAGGAGUGGGACAACAUGUCACAGGCCACAAUCAACAGCCUGAUUAACUCUAUGCAAAGGAGAGGUGUCGCGCUGCAAGAGGCAAAUGGUGGUCACACCAGAUACUGACUGGUUUUCUGAUCCACACCCCUACCUUUUUUUGGGGGGGGGUAUCUGUGACCAACAGCACUUGAAUCAGACUAUUCUUUCAGGGAUACUAUGGUUGUCUUAACAGGUUUUUUAUUUUAUUUUUGAUCAUGUGUUGGUCAUUGUUGCGUGUUCUGUCAUUGUAAGUCAUUGAUGAUGCAUGCUGUGAUAAAACAAUUUCCCAAAUUGGGAUUAAAAAAGUAAUACACUACUCUACUGUCUACUCUCUCAACAGAUGCAUAUCUGUAUUCCCAGUCAUGUGAAAUCCAUAGAUUAGUGCCUAAUGAAUAUAUAUUUCAAUUGGCUGAUUUACUUAUAUGAACUGUAACUCAGUAAAAUCUUUGAAAUUUGCUGCAUGUUGCGUUUAUAUUUUGGUUCAGUGUACAUGGUGACUUGACUUGAUGUAGGCCUGUAUGUGCAUUUCUUGAUUCAACUGUUGGUUUUUGAUGCUUGAUGUUUACAUAAGUAAAACACAGGCACACAUACAGAUGUAAUGUCUUAAUUUGAUCACUCUGUUGUCGCAGAUACUUUUUUUGCACCGCAGGAAAUGCAAACUUGUACUGUGUACGAGUUUUAAAACGGCUUCUACAGUUUGUAAUAUCUACUUUAAAAUGUCAGACUUAUUUUGCCCUAAAGAAAAAUGGAUCACCCCUACAAAAUGUCCUUUAAAUAUAAUCCACAUAACAACUCACAUGUCCUGUUGCUGCAGGGUUAUUUUCCUGCUACAGAAACUGGUCAAAUUAAAGAUAGCAGAUCUGUAGAUCUCAAAAUAACUCUUGUUCUAAAUACUACUCUAAUGAAGAGUAAUGUUUUUAGACUUAAGACCUGUGUUUGUUGUCAACUGUAGUAGAGUCUGCGCUAUCAUUGUUUUGUCUGUCAUAAUGAAAAGAUACUGGAGUCUUGCAGGCAGGGAGCAUCUUUCAUUUCAUAUUCAUGAAUGCAGUCUGGACUCAAAGUAGUUUAAGACUUCCAGCGUCUCAGUCAGAGAACAUGAGCCAUGUUCAGCUGUAACAGUGAGUUGGGCGUGCAGCCAUCUUUAAAACACAUUUCAUCCCAGUACCACUUGCCCCUCACCUCUCUGAUUUCCCCUCUCCUUUCACUCAGGGACAGAGAGAGAGUUGAGUUUGUGUUGUCUGGAUAUUCCAGUGAUGACUAAUGUUUUCCGGCACUGCUCAGGGAGGAGAGGGGAGGCCAGUAUAGGAGGUCCAUGGAAAAAGAAGAGCAGAGAAUCGGCCAUUUUGAGGCAGACUAGGCUACAUCAGUGGCUAGAUUAGGGCCCCAAUACUAGUAUCAUCAUCAUAAUCCGCACCUUUCCUCCAGUAUUUUGUUAGCACUGCCUGGGUUUAUCAUAUAAGAGAGUGUGGAUAAUAGAGGAGACAUCCCUUAUGGAAAAAGGAACACAGAACAUCUGGAAUCUGACUACAGGCAGUGCUGGAUAGCCUGACCAUCAUCUGGGCUGGAGGCAACAGUUGAAUAGAAGAAGAAAAAGGUUUCAGCAAAAUGGCCGACAGCUAGAAGAAUAGAAUGAGGGAAUUCUCCUUGUUGUCCUGGGAAUGGCGUGCAGCCAUCUUUAAAACACAUUUCAUCCCAGUACCACUCGCCCUUCACCUCUCUGAUCUCCCCUUUCACUCAGGGAGAGAGAGAGUUGAGUUUGGGUUGUCUGGAUAUUCCAGGCAUGACAGAAACAAAUCCAGCACUGCUCAGGGAGGAGAGGGGAGGCCAGUGGAGGAGGUCCAUUGAAAAAAAAAAAAGAACACAGAAUCGGGCAUUUUGAGGCAGACUAGGCUACAUCAGUGGCUAGAUUAGGGCCCCAACACUCAUACUGUCUCCCUCCAGUUAAUUUUUUACUGUAUUAAGACUGUUAGCGUCAUUACAGUGCAUGAUCCACACAUUGGCUUUAUUGUUAGCACUGCCUGGGUUUAUCAAGGAUAGCACACAUAUCUGAGGGGAGGUGCUAUAUCUAAUGGUAGAGAGGGCAUUUGCUUUCGUAAAUGAUAUCUGCUUGGUUGCAAUAAGAACUGUUUUCUCAUUUGAGUUCUGACUGAAUUAAGGUAUAAACGUAUGAAUCAACAAUAUAUGAACACAAUGAAUAAACCAGCAAAUAUUGUCAGGGUGGAGAAAGGCCACGAAUGUCAUCAAGAGAUAGCCAGGAUAUGGGCAGGAACUUAUAAUUGUCAAACCUAUGGUGGCAGAUAGCCUAGCGGAUAGAGCAUUGAGCCAGUAUCCAAAAGGUUGCUAGUUUGAAUAUUAAUACACGUGUGAAAUAGGACAAAUAUAAGCACCCACCAAAUUCUUAUUAUUAUUACAAUUGUGGUUAGUUACAUCAAAUUAAAACAUAUGGGGCUAUUUCUGAUCUGAGAGUCUGCAUAGAUAUUGCAUUAAUGAUUUUCCUCUCUGUUGAAGUUGAACAUGAUAGCCAUAUGAAGUAGGCCCUCGUUGCCCUAAGGGGAUAUAGGAAGUUGUAUUAUAAAGAAUGUGUGUCCUUGGGGUGUCUGAUGUGAGAAUAGUCUUUAUAGCCUACUUUUGCUCCUUUCCAAACUAUACUGAACAAAAAUAUAAACUCAACAUGUAAAGUGUUGGUCCCAUGUUUCAUGAGCUGAAAUAAAAGAUCUGAGAAAUGUUCCAUACGCACAAAAAGCUUAUUUCUCACAUUUUGUGCACAAAUUUGUUUACAUUCACGUUAGUGAGCAUUUCUUCUUUGCCAAGAUAAUCGAUCCACCUGACAGGUGUGGCAUAUCAAGAAGCUGAUUAAACAGCAUGAUCAUUACACAGGUGCACCUUGUGCUGGGGACAAUAAAAGGUCAUUCUAAAAUGUGCAGUUUUGUCACACAACACAGUGCCACAGAUGUCUCAAGUUUUGAGGGAGUGUGCAAUUGGCAUGCUUACUGCAGGAAUGUCCAUCAGAGCUGUUGACAGAUAAUGUAAUGUUAAUUUCUCUACCAAUGUCGUUUCAGAGAAUUUGACAGUACGUCCAACUGGCCUCACAACCACAGACCACGUGUAACCAUGCCAACCCAAGACCUCCACAUCCGGCUUCUUCACCUGCGGGAUCUUCUGAGACCAGCCACCCGGACAGCUGAUGAAACUGAGGAGUAUUUCUGUCUGUAAUAAAGCCCUUUUAUGGGGAAAUAAUUGUUCUGAUUGGCUGGGCCUGGCUCCCAGCCAUGCUGCGCCUCUGCCCAGUCAUGUGAAAUCCAUAGAUUAGGGCCUAAUGAAUUGAUUUAAAAUUGACAGAUUUCCUUAUAUGAACUGAAAUUGUUGCAUGUUGCAUUUAUAUUUUUGUUCAGUAUAUAUUAAACUAAGUACAUUUUACUUUCAUGUGCAGUGCAAAUAAAAAUAGUCCAAGUGACUGUGAGAGGUACAGAUAGCAUUAGGGCAUCAUUAGUGUGGUAGUAGUGUGACUGUGACAGGUACAGAUAGCAUUAGGGCAUCAUUAGUGUGGUAGUAGUGUGACUGUUGACAUGUCUGGUCAUGUGGCCAGGUAAGAGCUGAAAUCAGAUCUCUCUCACCUGUCUUUUGUAUGCUCAGUCCAGGCGGUAGAAUACCUCCACAUAAUACCUCCACAUUGCAUUCCAGGACACUGCACAGGCUUUUCCUGAAUACAGGGCUUAGUGCCUUUUGAACACCGGAUCCACCAUCAAUGAAUGUAGCCUACAGCUGUGUUAUAAGGUAUAUCAAACACCAUAUCCCCUACUGUAUGUUGCUUGGGGGUGAUCUGUCAUUAAACCUGUGAUUUUAUUUACUCAGAUAAAUAUAUCAAAUGUUUGGUGGAAAAAGUAUAUUAUUUUUUUGCUUGAUGAAUAGGAAAAUGCUUUAUUUAUAUUAAUUAGGAGUAAUUUAGACAUUUUAGAAGCUUUACAAUGUCGACAGGCAUGAAGAGGCCUGUGUGUGAAGUCAGUGCAUGAUUGUGCAAAACAGUAAAUAGUGAUAACAGUGAGUAAAGCUUCAUUCUAUCAAAAAUAAAAUGAAUGCAGGCAGACUUCAAAUAGUCCAUAAAAAUGUUUGCUGAUUUAUACAAAGAAAAAUCUCCUGCGUCCUCUCCCUGUAUGGCAUUUUCUUAUUUAAAUCCGACUAACAGAGAUGCAGGGCCCCGGUGCCCACCGACGCAUUCCUGCGCGCACCGCACUGGACAGAUUUGGCCUACCCGCCAGACCCGACCCGGGCAAAGCACAAGGUGACAGUCGGAUGCCCAACGCGCCCUCACCAAGCUCCGACGCGCCCUCACCAAGCUCCGUCCAGUGUGUUGAACCACCUUACCAAAAGUCUGAGAAAAUGCAGGUCUUACUCCUUUUUAAACGUCUACAUUGUCCACGUCCCCAAGAAUGGAUCUAAUUAAAACGAUGCACUCGUCAUCAUCGCGGAAGCAUUGCCAACGUUUCUGAGAGAAGGCUGGAGAUGUAGGACCAUAUGACUUAUUGGGGAUGGGAUGGGAGUCAUAUAGGAUUUCACUUCUCCUAUUGGUCCGGGGGCUGACUGUUGACACGCAGACAAAGGAACCUCCUGCCAUAUAAAUAGGACUGAUUGGUCUGUAAUAUUCUAGCAUCACGGCAGCAGGUUUCCAAUCUUGGAGUUACUCUAGUCACCACAACUGUAUGCCUGCUUGAAGUAGUUAAACAGGGCACUGCAGCACAAGGAGUCUGCAUGUCUGCUUAGACAUGCUCAGCUUUGUGGAUAACCGGAUUCUGUUGCUGCUUGCAGUAACUUCAUUUCUAGCAUCAUGCCAAUGUAAGUUUGAUAUGUUUUGUCUUUUACCGAGGAUUUUUGUCCUGUUUUAAGAGUUCAGGAGGACCUUACAGCGCUUAUGCUUGGCUUUUAUAUGGAACUUACUUGGAAAUAACCCGAGGACCGCUAAAAGUUCAUUUGAGGGCUUCCCUCUGGCUAUAUAAAACCGAACGGAUGCUGGUCAUUUCGGUGGAUUCUUCAUUCUUUUUCCGUGGAUACAGUUGCCAAUUGAUUAGUCUCCGAGAGAGAAACGCACUGAUGAAAAAAAGUUAUCACAGCCUUGAAAGAAUCGUUUAAAGUUGUUAAUUUAGUGGUUUUGAAUAGAUUUUAGAACAAUGGAGCUACCAACAUUUAGACAACAAUUGGAAUUUAUCUGUGAACUUCUAGGAUGAAAAGUUUGGGGCGUUGUACAUACUGUUCAGAGUCCAGGGAAUGAACUUUUAUUAUAGGGAAUUUAACAGCAUCCCCUUUGGCAUCAGCCCUCCAUGAUAUAUUUUCUAUAGAAAUACAUAUAGAUCUUUACAAAAGUAUAGAUUUUCGAUCCCAAAAUUAUUUCGACAUAUUAUUGAGUAACUUAGUGCAAGCUAUGGCCUAUUUGUUAGGCCUUGUGGAAGAGAAGGCCUUGUGUAGUUAGGUUUAGAGCUAUUUCAUUGAAAUAUAGUUACUAUUGGUAUUAUAAGAAUAAAGAGCAUUAUUUUCAAGUAACACAAAUGAAAUUUGCGUUGUAUUUACAAGUAAUAUAAGUUAAAACAAUCUUUUCCAUGAUGAUAUUAUUUUAAUUGUCCAAAUGCGUCAUCUAGUGGCCACGUAAGGACAUGACAUCGCAGUAUUUUAGAGGAGGUGCGAUGUCAUCCAUCAGCAGGGCAGGACCAAGAGGAACUGGUUGUUAUGCCGCAUCAUAAUGAGGACACCACUGAGGCCUAAACAGGAAACGCCUAGGUCAUAACAAGCAACAUAAGUUGAUAGUUCUUCAAAACUAUUGACAAUGUUUCUUGAAUUAAAUCUAUUUUCAUCUAAUUUAGUAAUUUAGACCAAUGUAGUAAUUUAGACUCCUCUAAAUCAAGUUGCCUUACAUAGAAAAGAAUAGGCAAGGAUGCAAUACAAAAGCAUAGGAUAGCAUAUGACAGGAUAUAAUUUACUUAGGUAGACUAUAGUGAAUGCUGAUCACUUAAUUUAUAGUAGUACAUCCAUAUUCAGUACCUAAUUACACAAGGCUUAUUUCUGGUCUUCUCUCCACCACAAGUUGUUUUCCUCAGGGGAUGUGGAUACACAGGCCUUUGAAACCUGUAAAAACCUGACUGCUGGCUGCUUGGCUAGUGUGUAAAUGACACUGACAUUUCCAGUCUGUGAGCAGUGAUGCAUGAAAAUAAUUCAGUCACAUUUGAAGAUUUUAAUUUUUCCCAAAGAUGGAUGCUGUUGAAUUUUAGUAGCUACUUCAGACCUAUAUAUGACCCAAUGUUGUUGUUGACAAAACUCUAUUGAAUAUUGUAGAAGCUUGGCCGCAUUUAUAUGGACAGCUUUGAUACCUCUCACCUUUUAUAUGGCUUUGGUUGUUUUUGUCAGAUUGCCUUUUAGGUACUUAUCAUCCUAAUCUUUCUAAUCUUUGUGUAUAUUCUGGAAACAAAGAACAACAGUUAUUUUGCUAUCUACAAAGGAAAAUAAGGCAUUUUGCAUUGGACAAAUGGGUCACAAGAAGAAAGAAUUUAGAUUGCUACAGAAACUAUUUUACUAUGUUAGUGAUCAUGUUCUAACUGAGUAUGCCUUUUUCCUCCUCCCCCUCCUCCUCCUCCUCCUCCUCCUCCUCCUCCUCCUCCCCCUCCUUGUUGAAACAUCACAGCGGUUAGUACAUGUGCAUGAUAUUAUCUAUCAAAACAGCUUUUAGAAGAUAUUUUACCUUUUUGCAUCUUGUCUGUUGGUUCCAAGUUCCAGCUAAUAUCCGGUGAAAAGAUCCCUCUGUCGACAAUUUGAGCAAUCUCAACUAUAGCAGAGUAUUUCAGUUUGAUUUUAGUCUACCUCUGAAGAGGGUUAUUUUUUCUUCACUUGCUGCCAAUGAAUAGGUGAGGCUCCUAUUGGUCAGGGGUAGUGUCAGUGAAAGUUAAAACCGCCAGUGCUGGUUUACCCAUGGGGCCGCUGGGCACAACGGGCCCUUUAAUAGGAUCAGGAAGAGGUUUGAAAGCUAAACAUGGCAGAGACAUUCCAGGCCCAUAUUCAGUAAGUCUGAUCUAGGAUCAGUUUAGCCUUUUAGAUCAUCAUUUAUAAAAUUAUGUGGAUGGGGGGACCUGAUCCUAGAUCAGCACUCCUACUAUGAGAAGCUUUUUUAACACAGGCCCUGGAUUUGGCCUGUAUUAUAUCAGAUGUUUUUUUUACAGUAUAAAGGAAGAGUUGCUUGUUUAGAAUGGUCUGUUAUAGUUGAGAUUGUUACAAAUUGCUCACCUGGAUAUUGUUUCUCAGCAGUUAUAUUGGCAUUCUGAUACUUUAAAGGGGCAGUGUGUCUAUAAGGUUCAUUGAUUAUGAUUGAUUGAUUGAUUGAUUGAUUGAUUGAUUGAUUGAUUGAUUGAUUGAUUGAUUGGCCUAUACACCUGCAUAGCCUUCUGCCAUGCAACAUCAAUCUGGAUUUGGCAUUAGAUCAUUGACCCAGCUCCAUAGUGCACCUUUAAACAUCUCUCUGCAAUAGUGAUUAAGAUGACAUUAUAUCUUUAUGUGCUGUUAUCUGUUUGAUAUAGUUAGCUGCACAAGCAUGUGACUUAUAAUAUACACUUAUGCAUGCAAUACUGUGUUAUGACACUGGCAACUAAUAUGCUUUGUUGGCAAAAAAGAGAGAUGAGAAAACUGAUGUACGGUUGAUAUAGCCUACACGUUGAAUGACAUAAGAAAUGUAGGAAAGACUGAAUAAAUAAAUGUGAAAUUUAUUUAUCUUCUUUUCUAUUUAGGGGGGACUCAAGGUGAGCAAACAUGUUCUUAUGUGUAAUUUAAAAGUGUGGCAUAUCUAAACUUUGAGGCUCAGGAUUACUCAAAGGUCAAAGGUCAAGUGUACUGAGAGGCCGAGUCAGUAUGCGCUGUUGACUCAUACAGUAACGUUAAUGUGUUGACAUGCUUGUCCUCAAACUGUAAGGGCAAGUUUGUUUAUGUACACAUUAUGACACAUUGCAGUCUACCUUCUAAUGCUUGAACUCAAUUAAAGGAAAAAUCCACUCAAAAAUGAUCUGUUGGUAUUUUUUUCAUUCAUCCACUGUUGAUACAGUCCCAAAAUGUUUUUCAUGUCAGCAGUCAAGUUUUUAAGAUAUUGGACUUUCAAGAAGCAAAGUGUCACCGGCCACAUCAUCAUGAUGAUGCAAAAUGCAUCAUGAUGAUGUGGCCAUGAUGAUGUGGCUGGUGACGCUUUGCUUCCAAUAUCUUGAAAACUUGACUGCUGACAUGCAAACCAUUUUGGGACUGUAUCAACAAUGGAUUAAUGAAACAAAUACCAAAAUAUAGUUUGCGUGGAUUUUUCCUUUAACAUUGAUGCAAUCAUCUAUUUGAGAUUAGGGUCUAUGACCAGCUUUGCUAGAAGCACUGAUAAGCUUUUAAAAUGUAUAUUUGAGUGGUUUGUCUUGUCUUGUAUGUUUGUCUGAUUGAGAUAUUUUCCCACCAUAGGGCCCAACAGGAGAGAAAGGACCUCGAGGUGACAGGGUAAGCAAAGAAAACCCAGCUGUUUUGUGUGAACUUUAAAAUGCUUCGACAUUUUCCUUGUUCAAUAAUUAUUGUAAUUUUCCUUUGGUGUGUAGAUGUUGUAUGUUAGGUGUCUGUAAGUUACUACACUUGUUUAAAUGCACAUUUCUGAGAGGGCUACACAACAUACUUUGACCCUGUUGUGGCCACACCCCUUAUUCACAUGGCAUAGAGGCCUAUAUCCUCGAUGUUGACAACGAUAUUAUUGGAUGUAUUUUUACCCAGAUAUAUUAUAAACAUAUAAGCAAAUAAAUAUUAUUUUAAAAUGGCUUUAAAUCAAUUAUACAUCACUAUGUAAAUUGUAAUAAUUUUGUAAUAAUUUUGCUUAUGUAAUAAUGUAGAAUGUGUUGUUUUCCCAUUUUUCUAUAGUGUACAGUAGAGCACUUACAGUAUGUUACAGGACUGGGCAACAUCACAACAGAAAACUAAACAAAAAUAGAAAGUCAUCAUAAACAACAUCAGAGGAUGAAGAACAUUUCCAGCGGAAUUACAGCAUAAAUAUGUAUAGAAUAUAAAGUAUUUUAGCUCAAAGAUUUCUUUAAAUAAUAAGUUGUUUCUAUCUCUCUCUCAGGGUCCCCAAGGCCGUAAUGGAAGAGAUGGUAAACCUGGACUCCCCGGCGUUGCCGGCCCCCCUGGUCCCCCUGGACUUGGAGGAGUAAGUUCACCUAUAUCAUUAUGUCCCUCAUUUUCUCACUCUAAAAAUGACCAUAUUUUCUCUCAAAGAAUUUCAGUCAGUUUUUGCACUCAAAUGGCUGACAGUUCUGUAACAAAUGUUUUCACUGGCUGUCAUUUUUCUCUCAGAAAAUGGAGGACAUUUUGAACUCUUAACGUGACCAAAAAGACUCGUUGGUUUUGGUGUGUUACCGGGGCAUGGCACUUGGUUCCUCUUUCAAAUCAGCCAUGUUAAAAGUGUUCAGAGUGUCCCUUGAAGUACCUAGUACUCUCUAGGGAUGAGUUCAAUUGGGUGGUCUUGACCCCAUGACCUCAUACCCUUAUGACCUUAUACCCUGUUGACCUAUGACCCUUUGACCCCACGAUGACCCCCUGACACAGUAAAGCAUAAACAUGGCUUACACACACAACACAGUGAUUGGAGGUUCCAAUGACCUUAUAUUCUGAGAUUAUUUCGUUUUAGACCUAAAAGUUAUUUUCAAUACUGGGACAGUUUGUCAAUAUUGUUCAUCAUGGUUGACCCUAAGGACUACUACUCUCAUGUCUCAAGACCCUCAAUCGAACAUCUGGGAUUAACCAAUGGAAUUAUGACUACUAUGCGAUUAGUAUUUGUCAAACAUGGCUUUUAUUAAUUGUUCAUUUCUGUGAUAAUAAUGUGUGUCCCUGUUUUGUUUUGCCAGAACUUUGCUGCUCAGUUUGAUGGAGGAAAAGGCAGCGACCCCGGACCUGGACCCAUGGUGAGGCCCCCAAACACAAGAGAGAGAGGGUGACCCUGAAUUAACCCUAAAUUAAACCCUCACCCCUAACCAGUUGCCACAAUCCUGUAUGCCCUACCUACUUACAUUUACAUUUUAGUAAUUUAGCAGACACUCUUAUCCAGAGCGACUUACAGUUAGUGAGUGCAUAGAUUUUCAUACUGGCCCCCCGUGGGAAACGAACCCACAACCCUGGCGUUGCAAGUGCCAUGCUCUACUUGGCACUAGCCCCUGGCACUGUCCCUGCUUAGCCCUUAGGCCCUAUUCCCUUGGCACUGUCCCUGCUUAGCCCUUAGGCCCUAUUCCCUUGGCACUGUCCCUGCUUAGCCCUUAGGCCCUAUUCCCUUGGCACUGUCCCUGCUUAGCCCUUAGGCCCUAUUCCCUUGGCACUGUCCCUGCUUAGCCCUUAGGCCCUAUUCCCUUGGCACUGUCCCUGCUUAGCCCUUAGGCCCUAUUCCCUUGGCAUUGUCCCUGCUUAGCCCUUAGGCCCUAUUCCCUUGGCAUUGUCCCUGCUUAGCCCUUAGGCCCUAUUCCCUUGGCACUGUCCCUGCUUAGCCCUUAGGCCCUAUUCCCUUGGCACUGUCCCUGCUUAGCCCUUAGGCCCUAUUCCCUUGGCACUGUCCCUGCUUAGCCCUUAGGCCCUAUUCCCUUGGCAUUGUCCCUGCUUAGCCCUUAGGCCCUAUUCCCUUGGCAUUGUCCCUGCUUAGCCCUUAGGCCCUAUUCCCUUGGCACUGUCCCUGCUUAGCCCUUAGGCCCUAUUCCCUUGGCACUGUCCCUGCUUAGCCCUUAGGCCCUAUUCCCUUGGCAUUGUCCCUGCUUAGCCCUUAGGCCCUAUUCCCUUGGCAUUGUCCCUGCUUAGCCCUUAGGCCCUAUUCCCUUGGCACUGUCCCUGCUUAGCCCUUAGGCCCUAUUCCCUUGGCAUUGUCCCUGCUUAGCCCUUAGGCCCUAUUCCCUUGGCAUUGUCCCUGCUUAGCCCUUAGGCCCUAUUCCCUUGGCAUUGUCCCUGCUUAGCCCUUAGGCCCUAUUCCCUUGGCACUAGUUCUUGCCUAACCCCUGACCCCUAGGCAUUUGUGUGGAUCUGAUAAGAUGGAUGUAAGCAAGCAAUGUUGUGAAAAUUCCACCUGGCCUAUCGGAGGGCAAGGUAGAGUUAUAACCGCGAAGCUGAUAGCCUUUCCUAAUCUUAUUACAUUUACAUUUUAGUCAUUUAGCAGACGCUCUUAUCCAGAGCAACUUACAUGAGGAAUUAGGGUUAAGUGGCUUGCUCAAGGGUACAUCGACAGAUUUUUCACCUAGUCGGCUCGGGCAUUAGAACCAGCGACCUUUCGGUUACUGGCACAACGCUCUUAACCACUAAGCUACCUGCCUAUGGAGUAGGGUUUAUUUUGGGAUUCAGCCAGAAACAGCAUUGUAGAUCAUGUGCUGUUACGACACUGAUCAUAACCUCUUCAUCGUCCAGCAUGGAACAGCUGUCAGAAUAUUACACCAAACUCUGGACAUGAUAGGUGCACUGCAGUUAUUUCUUCAUCUGUUGCUGUGACCCCUCUCUACUCUGUAGAGAUACGUGAAGAUACAUAGCUAAGUGUUUACCAAUAGAAUACCAAUUCGGUAAUUAUGAAUAAUGUAUUACCAAUUUAUUCUCUUCUUCCCAAAUCAUUUAAGAUUUCAAUUUGGAUAAGAUCUCACACAGCCUUCCUCUGCUAUUUUAUGCAAAAGUUUUUGUUCGCCAUAUUUUCAAUUUCAUUCCCCCCUACACUGAUUCAUAUCCAAAUUGGACGUCCAUUUUGAUUGAACAGUAUUGAGAUCAUGUACAGUAGCUUUACUUUGAUCUGAUGUCAAUUUCUUUCCUCAGGGUUUGAUGGGAUCUAGAGGACCCAACGGACCUCCCGGAGCCCCUGUAAGUAUUUCUCAAAUAUGUCAAAUGACUCAAUGUCUUUUUCUCAUAUAAACUCAACACGAAGGCCAGGAAGUUUUCCUGACUCAGUGACCUUGCCAGGAAAAACCCACAGGCCCUAGUACAGCCCCUAACUAGGACCCCUACUAUAGCCCCUAACUAGGACCCCUACUAUAGCCCCUAACUAGGACCCCUACUAUAGCCCCUAACUAGGACCCCUACUAUGACCCCUAACCCACAGGACUUAGUUUAUCCUCUAACUAGGGCCCAGUGUUUCCCCUGGUCAGAUCACAUGUUCAGUCCUGGUUCUACUCAUCACACCUAACUGGAUCACAUAGUAAUAAAACAAUGUCUCAUUUGGAUAAAUCGACUCACUGUUGUGUCGUUUUCCUAUCAACAGGGACCCCAAGGAUUCACAGGACAUGCUGGAGAGCCUGGAGAGCCCGGACAAACUGUAAGAUAACUCUCUCAUGGAAACUCUCACCCACUGUUACAUUUGGUCUAUAACAGGUUGAUCAGAGCUCAGCCUGAUACUCUAUACGCAUCCCUUACUCUCUCUCCUCCACCCCUUAUCCCACAUCUUCAACAAUGUCCCAUAUGUAGUAUAGUUAUAAUCCAACACGGCACGACCCAGUGAUACCCCAUAGUCAAUUUGGACUAAACAGAUAUUCAUUUCUCACACGACCCAGUGAUACCCCAUAGUCAAUUUGGACUAAACAGAUAUUCAUUUCUCACACGACCCAGUGAUACCCCAUAGUCAAUUUGGACUAAACAGAUAUUCAUUUCUCACACGACCCAGUGAUACCCCAUAGUCAAUUUGGACUAAACAGAUAUUCAUUUCUCACACGACCCAGUGAUACCCCAUAGUCAAUUUGGACUAAACAGAUAUUCAUUUCUCAUAUCUGUCCAUGCGCAGGUGUACCAAUACAGUAGGUUAACAAUUUCAACUCUACAGACACAGAUGCAGCCAUCAACACUACACCGCUACACAGAAAGCCAACAUAGAACCUGGAACACAGAAUUUGACUAUGACCUAUGACCUUAACCCUGAACUCUGACUUCUCUCUCAUCCAAGGGCUCUGUUGGUGCUCGUGGACCUCCUGGAUCCGCUGGCAAGCCCGGUGAGGAUGUAAGUAAACAGUUAAAAUCCUCUGUGUUAUUUUGGUCUAACGUUUGGUCUAAUAACUUCCUACCUGUGGCACUACUUGCCUACUGGGGCGAUUAGUGAAUGUGGAAAAUGCAACAGACAUAUGCUAUCAUGAUAGUGGACCUACAGUAUACACAUCUAAUGCAGCUUGUCUGUUCAAUUGUAGGGUAACAACGGCAGACCUGGCAAGCCUGGUGACAGAGGUGGCCCCGGAACUCAGGUAAGGGCAAUAUCCAGAGCUGACAGACAGUUAACAAAAUAUACAUUGACACUAAAUAUACAUUAACCCAUAAAGUGUUAUCACGUAAAACUUGCAGACACAGACAGACAGACAUUUUUCUAACCUCUUCUCUCCCUCCUCUGUAGGGUGCUCGUGGAUUCCCCGGAACUCCUGGACUUCCUGGAAUGAAGGGACACAGAGUGAGUAUUUACAUUAAUACCUACCUGGCCCUGCCUCUCCUAACGACCUCCCAACGACCCUGUUAUACAGUAUACCUGUUCUGUCCUGGAGACACACCUGGGUAGCCUUCAGGAGGGUGCAACGCUCUGAAGGUUACAGAUAGAGAUUACUUGUAUAGAGCUGACAUGAAUCUCCUUUCCACAUUACAGAAAAUCAUGUUCUGUUCUACGUCAUACAUUUCUAUCUGGAUGUUCUGUAACGUUGCACCCCACUGAAUGUGACCCAGUCACACACUUCCCUUGUAGUACUCAUCUCAAAUGACACCCUAUUCCCUAUUUAGAACACUACUUCUGACUUAUGUGGCUCUGGUCAAGUGCACUAUGAAGGGAAUAACGUGUAUUUUUUAGAUAUAGUCUUUAGAAAAGACUAGUAAUGAUUGGAAAUUAGGAGGAGUUUUGUCCCAUGAGAAACUGAGCGAAAAUGCAUCCCACAUCAAAAAGAAUACAAGAAGCAGAGAUCUCUAGAUAAUGCUCAAAUUAAUAUUCCCUCACCAGAUAAUCAAUAUGAUCUGAACGAUAAGGGGGGGGGGGGGGGGGGGGGGUAUUUGUUUCCUGUUCUUAAUUGAUUUUAGACUAUAAGAAUUGUGUAUUGUCUCAGGAUGCUAACCUGUUCUCUCUGUGCUCCAGGGUUACAAUGGUCUGGAUGGACGCAAAGGAGAGCCUGGUUCAGCUGGUGCUAAGGUAACGUUGCAGCCACAGUACAUCCUCCUCAAUCACAACCUCAUUCCUUUAUCCCUGUAAAACCCCACAAAUAAUCACAACCUCAUUCCUUUAUCCCUGUCAAACCCCACAAAUAAUCACAACCUCAUUCCUUUAUCCCUGUCAAACCCCACAAAAUAAUCACAACCUCAUUCCUUUAUCCCUGUCAAACCCCACAAAUAAUCACAACCUCAUUCCUUUAUCCCUGUCAAACCCCACAAAUAAUCACAACCUCAUUGCUUUAUCCCUGUCAAACCCCACAAAUAAUCACAACCUCAUUCCUUUAUCCCUGUCAAACCCCACAAAUAAUCACAACCUCAUUCCUUGAUCCCUGUCAAACCCCACAAAUAAUCACAACCUCAUUCCUUUAUCCCUGUCAAACCCCACAAAUAAUCACAACCUCAUUCCUUUAUCCCUGUCAAACCCCACAAAUAAUCACAACCUCAUUCCUUUAUCCCUGUCAAACCCCACAAAUAAUCACAACCUCAUUCCUUUAUCCCUGUCAAACCCCACAAAUUGCAUUAAGAGGUGUAACAGGGAUUUAGCUUUCAUCUUUGUGGGCCGGUUUCCCGGACACAGAUUAAGCCUAGCCCUGAACUAAAAAAUACUUUCAAUAGAGAGAUCCAUUGUGCAAGCUUUUGACUCAACGUAUAGGAUUAAUCUGGGUCCGGAAAACCGACCCUGUAACACCUAAAAGUAAAGUCAAUUUCACAUACAGUUGCACAUUUUAGUGCAAGUUUUUUCGCAAUCACUCUACAUUGAUAGCGGUUACUCAAAUAUCUGUGUUUGUUUUUUCACUCGUUCACCAUAGUACCUACAUAUUUAUUCUAAAUCUCAGAGAAUUACAUUUCUAUUACACCCAUGCUUACCAAUCCAGAUAUAUCCCAGUGUUCACACCGUUCGUAACCUACGACCUCCUGUCAUCUGAAUACGUGUUCUCCUGCUUCUCCCAUAGGGUGAGACUGGUGCCCAUGGAGCUAAUGGAAACCCAGGAUCAGCUGUAAGUUCACACAUUACGUCACCCUUCACUUUUUCAUCAUAUUGUUCCCUAGAGGAAAAUGUCAAAAUAAGCAUGUUGUCAGGUGUCAGCCCAAGGCAUAUGUAUCACUAAUGAAACAUGUCACCUGCAUAGCCGAGUCUGAAUGUACCUCACAUUGAUUCUUUACCGUUUGUCACAUGCAAAAUACAUUGCAUUCACAUAGCUGAUUGCAAAGGAAACACAGUGGAGAUGAGUACUUGCUGUGUCCUCUUCACUGUCUACUGAUCACCAAUCAAUAUGUAUUAUCCUAGUUGGGAAAUCAAAUGUACAACCAGUAAUAUAUCAUAUACAAUAUAUACUCACUACAUACACGCACAAAAAAAUAUAUAUAUAAUUGUGCACUCAAACAUACUCUCUCUCCCUCUCUCCCUCUCUCUCGAUCGCUCUCUGCCUCUCUUCCCCACCCCAGGGUUCUCGUGGUCUGAAUGGUGAGAGAGGCCGUGCCGGCCCUGCUGGCCCUGCAGGUGCCCGUGGUGCUGAUGGAAGCAGUGGACCCAGCGGCCCUGCUGUGAGUGCUACUUCUCCUUUGACCCCAUAACCUCUGACCCCUUAACCUAAUGGAUCACCUAGGAGUGACCCCUCUGUAGAAGUUACUGUAUCUUUAGGCCCAGACCUGAUCUAGGAUCAGCUUAUCCCUCUUGUAAUCCUAACCUAAAUCACUACAGGUGGAAAUGCUAAAACUGAAGUUAGAUCGUCCGCUUCUAGGGGUAGCUUCAUCUUACAACACUUACUGUAACCCUUGACCUCUAUUUCACUAUGUCCUCUCUCUAUUUCCUGUUUCCCAGGGUCCUCUUGGAGCAGCUGGCCCCCCUGGUUUCCCUGGAGCCCCUGGCCCCAAGGUGAGUGUGAUGUCAUCAUGGUCAUCUCCAGAGCAUUUCUUUAUGAUCACAAUCCUUAGAAUAUCAUCCUCCGAAUAUCAUCCGUAGAAUAUCAUGGACAUUAUUAGUGUGGACACCAGAGAAGAUUCCCAGAUUCCCAGUUCUGAGAACUGUAGAAGCACAUCUAAGGAGCUUUCUCAACACCCAUCAUGAUUCUCUAAUUUGUUAUCACUAUCCAAUAAUCUGAUUGGUUUACUGUCUAAAGGGAUCAAUCAUCUUGACCAAACUAAUGAUUCCAUACAUAGUAUUCCCAUGAGGAUUUAUAUACCAUCAAACAUCUAUAUAACAUUAUAAAACAUCCUAUUACCCAUUUGACUGGAUUGUGUGACUUAGAGAAUAUGUUACUGUUUUGUAACAGGGAGAGAUUGGAGCUGCUGGAUCCAAUGGCCCAUCCGGACCUCAGGGAGGCAGAGGAGAGCCCGGUGUUAAUGGAGCCGUUGGCCCCGUCGGUCCCAAUGUAAGUAUACACUACCAACAAACCACAACAUUAUCACAGUGUGAAAUAUGUCAUAUUGAAGGCUCUCGCUUGGUUUUCUUGUUACCUGUUCCUGAAACACAUAAUGUAACUCUCUCCAAUGGUCAUAUAUAUUUUCCAUCAUGUUGGUUGGUUUCUUGGCGUCUUGGCGUCUCUACACACUUGUCUGUAACACUCGCUCUUUCAUUUUCCUCUCCUUGUAGGGUAACCCUGGUAACAACGGUAUCAACGGCGCCAAGGGAGCUGCUGUAAGUUUUCUGGUCAUAGUUGCAUUGUGGGUAGACUAGAUUGACAGUUCAAAGGUAAUUUAGGGUGAGACAAAGGUCAAGAUGUAGAAUCUUGUUCACUUGACCCUUGAACUUGUGUUGGCAUGAUAUGAGUUAUGAAUGAAGCACAACAGUUGACUUAUCAGCAAAUAGCACACUCAAAUAGCAUCAACAAUGAAUCGCUUUAGCUUUAGAAUUCAUGAUGUACAGAAAUUAAUUCAGUUCCCACAUUACAUGGAAGUGAUAUUAGCCAUAAGUAACUGUUCUAGUGACACCAUUGGAUAUUGGGUAAUGUGAUUAGGUAAUGUUAUGAUAAUGUUUAUGCAGUAGGUGCUUCAGCUGUCUCCUUACUCACCAUUUCUUCCAUCCUGUGUGUGUGUGUGUGUUCUAGGGUCUCCCCGGUGUUGCUGGAGCCCCUGGUUUCCCAGGCCCAAGAGGAGGUCCCGGCCCCCAGGGCCCCCAAGGAUCCACUGGAGCUAGAGGCCUUGGUGUGAGUACCACUGGACCUAAAAAGCAAUGCAACACUUUACUAACACAAUCUGUAUGAAUAUUGAGGUAUUGAUCAUGUAUCUGUGUCUCUUUGACUGCAGGGUGACCCUGGACCCUCUGGACAAAAGGGAGAUUCUGGUGCUAAGGGAGAGCCUGUAAGUAUCCAUGCUACUGCUGUUUAGCAGUAUAGUUGUGCUGUAUCAUUAUGCCAGUACAUGGUGUGUGUUUGUGUCAGUCUUUAAGGUCUCUGCUUUCUCCUUCAGGGUCACUCUGGUGUCCAGGGUGCCGCUGGUCCCGCUGGUGAGGAGGGCAAGAGAGGCUCAACUGGCGAGGCUGGUGCCACCGGGCCCGCUGGUCUGCGUGGAGCUAGAGUGAGUAUGUCAUACCAGACCCAGUCUGGGGGUAAAAUCUUGGUGUAUUUGCUAUAAGGUGCAGGUGAGUGGUUAUGGUUGACUUAUGUCUGUCUGUCUGUCUGUCUGUCUGUCUGUCUGUCUGUCUGUCUGUUUGUGUCUUAUAGGGAGGUGCUGGAACUCGGGGUCUGCCUGGUCUGGAGGGAAGAGGUGGUCCCAUUGUAAGUCUCCCAAAAUAUUCUGUCUACUAAAAAUAUUAUUAACCAUGAUGAAAAUUGUUCAAAGGCAGGAAGAAAAUAGUAAAUUUGACCUUGUAAUAUAGUGACUGUUCUGUUCUCAUGGCUUGCUCUUCCUCCCCCCUCUCUCUGCCAGGGUAUGCCCGGAGCUCGCGGAGCCACCGGCCCUGGUGGUAUCCGUGGACCCCCUGGUGAUGCCGGUCGUGCUGGCGAGCCUGGUCUGACUGGAGCCAGAGUAAGUGUCACACGCACCUGUCAAUCAUAAUGUUUCAAUAAGAUGUGUAAUGGAUUCUCUGACUGUCUAAUCUCUGAACCAAAUAUAGCAUGUGUUCUCUAGCUGUUGAUGCUGAAUGACUAACAAGUUCUGUCUGUUAAUAGGGCCUGCCCGGAAACUCUGGACAGGGUGGACCCCCAGGCAAGGAAGGCGCAUCUGUAAGUAAUUAAACACAUCUCCAAUAUGGAUCCUUUCAAACACUGUAUAUCAUAAAAUAAUAGAAUACAAUGAAACUGAUGGUCAUAAUAAUGGCUUGGUUCAAAGCACUUCCAUUGAAUUGGUGCUAUGGUUACAGUAACCCACCCCAUCCACCAACAAUGUUAAAACCCACCUAGUGGUGUUGUGCCAUAUCUGAUCCCCGGUGUGUUUUGUGUGUCCUCUUCCAGGGUGCUGCUGGUCUGGAUGGCCGCACUGGUCCCCCCUGGCCCAACUGGACCCAGAGGCCAGCCCGGUAACAUUGGAUUCCCCGGCCCCAAGGGACCUGGAGUAAGUAGAAACAGGAAGUAGAACCAGGAAGUAAAACCAGGAAGUUGAUCUGCUAGCGUGAGAUUGGACUGUGAGAGAGACAGCUGGGGUGUUGUUGCACUUCUAUGUGGGCAGAAUAUGACCAAAUGAAUAAACAGGAAGUGAUCUGGAAGUGAUCUGGAAGGACAGAAUAUGCUUUUAGGCUUAAAAAGAUUGCUAUCUAUCUUGAUGGUCUGUCAUCCAACAUGAAACGAUGAUCAUCUGACGUUUCCAUGGUCUCUUCUUCCUUCUCUCCCUCCAGGGUGAGGCUGGCAAGGGUGGUGAUAAGGGACCUACUGGUGCAACUGGUCUGAGAGUAAGUACCCCCACAUCAGACAACAUUCAUUACAUUAUCAACUCUCUACUGUUAAAGGCAUUCAUUUACUACUAUGGUAGCCAUCUCUCAAAUGAGCGGUUGGUAAAGCUAAGUAUCCUAAAUCUGUGACCUCGUAUGACUGAUGGGACAGAGCCAAACAGUCAACACAAAUGUAUUACCUACUCUACAUCUAUAGUUAUUUAUUACAAUAGAGUUGUGUUUCCUAUGAACUCUGACUGAACUACCAUGGAUCAUUGAUCAUUCACCUGCUGCCAGUGUCAGUGUUUCACCUACCUCUCCCUCUCUCUGCUUAGGGUGGCCCAGGCGCCGAUGGCAACAAUGGAGCCCCCGGCCCGGCUGGAGUUGUUGUAAGUAGCCUACCCUAUAUCCUCUAAAUACACAGUAAUAACUAGAAUCUAAUCUUACAGUGAAUUGUAUUGUAUUGUAUUUGAUUUAACUUGAUUCACUCCUCUUCUACAGGGUAACACUGGUGAGAAGGGAGAGCAGGGACCCUCUGGUGCUCCUGGUUUCCAGGGUCUGCCCGGCCCCGCUGGACCUGCUGGUGAGGCUGGCAAAGCUGGCAACCAAGUGAGUAACUAAACCUAGAACCUGUGACCUGUAACACAAACCCACUGUACUGCCACAGACACAUAAACACUUCCACAAACCUACAUCCACAAAGCCAUAACAAACCAACAUCCACAAACACAUACAUUUACCCUAUAACACAAACUUAAUAGCAAAAUCCAUUUUAGUUUAUAGAAAUGUUACCUCCUUUUCUCUCCAUUUCAGUAUAUUCUCUUUAUUCUAAUGGUAUUCUCACUAUGUAAUAUUUUACACUAACAAAGGAAUGUUUUGUAAUAUUUUGCACUAACAAAGGAAUGUUUUGUAAUAUUUUGCACUAACAAAGGAAUGUUUUGUAAUAUUUUGCACUAACAAAGCAUUCAUCUCUCAACAGGGUAUGCCCGGAGACCAGGGACUCCUUGGACCCGCUGGUGUCAAGGUAUGUCCACUCAUACCUCUCACAGACCAUUAAGUAUGAUUUCCUGACUGCUGGUCAACCAUGCACCUGUUGCCAUGCACAUUAUCCUGUUCACCCAUUUACAUGUACUCUUAAGUAGGACCCAGGCACUAUUCAGGCCUUAACUAGACCCUAUCUUUAUAUACAUCUCACACCCACACACCUGUAGUGUAUACAUACUGUGGUGUGCCCAUGACAGAGCCCUGGUGCUGACAGUCGCCCUCUCUCUCUGUCUGUUCCUAGGGAGAGCGUGGAAACCCCGGUCCUGCUGGCUCUGCUGGAUCUCAGGGAGCCAUCGGUGCUCGUGGACCUGCUGGAACUCCAGGCCCCGAUGGUGGCAAGGUGAUCACAGCUCUAUGAAGGGCUUAGAACCAUAUUAUCAUUGUUAAUAGGGCAAGGUGAUCCCAGCUCUACGAAGGGCUUAGAACCAUAUUAUCGUUGUUAAUAGGGCAAGGUGAUCCCAGCUCUACGAAGGGCUUAGAACCAUAUUAUCGUUGUUAAUAGGGCAAGGUGAUCCCAGCUCUAUCAAGGGCUUAGAACUAUAUUAUUGUUGUAAACAAUGCCCAGAGUUUUUCCUGGUCACCUGGUCAGGUUGUGUGGUCUGGAAAACCUCCUGGCCCUACAGUAGGUAUAACCAAAAUAUAUGAACAAUAGCUCUGGUAGUACUAAUGUAUGGUUUUGAUGAAGACGCAAACUGAUUCUGUAUGAGAAAUACACCACUGUUCUUUUAAGCACUGUAUUCAGAUGAAGCUUCUAACCACUCAUGGGCUUGCUCCAUGAGAUGGAUAGCUUAUAAGUGGAACCAUUCUUAACCAAUGUCUGUGUUUCAGGGAGAGCCUGGUUCUGUCGGUAUUGCUGGUGGCCCCGGACACCAAGGACCCGGUGGCAUGCCCGGUGAGCGCGGUGCCGGUGGUACUCCUGGACCCAAGGGUGAGAAGGUAAGUCCCCCCGAAUAUGCUGCCUGUAAACAUAUAUAAAAAAGUUCAAUUUCACGAGGCAAACAGAAAUUAUGUAAAAAGUUUAAUAAAAGCUGUAAUUUAUGCAAAUGAUCAUUUCUGAUGUGCUGAUGUGAAAUGCAGCGCUUGGUCGUUAUUUCACAGUACAAACAUUGGGAGAAUUGGACAUUCUCAGCCUUAAUGCAGAAUCUUCUCUGAUAGACCUUGACUAAAAACAACUGUAUAUAAUGGUUAUUUUAAAUGAGUGACUAACAUGUAUUUUCCCCCUUUCCAAUCUAGGGUGAGGGUGGACACAGAGGACUUGAGGGUAACAUGGGAAGAGAUGGCGCCCGUGUAAGUUCCUCUCUCAUCUCAUUCGGUCACUUUCACAGUGAAAACAACAUCCAAUAAAUUGUUAUUCUGUCUCGAUUGUGUUUUAGUCUGACUUUGUGCCUUGUGUCUCUUUCUAGGGUGCCCCCGGACCAAGUGGACCCCCUGGACCUUCCGGUGCUAAUGGUGAAAAGGUAAACAGCCUGAAUAUCUGCUCCCUUAGUCCUCAACACAUGAAAGGAUAGCAAAGGACGAUGAUGAUGAUGAGAAAUAUUGUGGGGCUCACUUAGGGAAGAUUUGUCAACGAUUAUGCACAUCCAUGAAAUCCAAGAUGGACUACUGUUCACUGACCUACAGAGGAGGAAUAGCGAGCCUCCUUCAAGACUCUUUGGCUCUUCACAAGUAAUCAAGAUAAUGAAUUGAUCAUAUUGUUGAGUAUGGUCAUUAUGAAUAUUUGGACAACAACAAAGGCCUCUGUAGUCCAGACCAGAGAGGACUAGCAUAUUGGCCCUCCUGUAGCUCAGUUGGUAGAGCAUGGCGCUUGCAACGCCAGGGUUGUGGGUUCGUUUCCCACGGGGGGGGCAGUAUGAAAAAUUUAUGCACUCACUAAUUGUAAGUCGCUCUGGAUAAGAGCAUCUGCUAAAUGACUAAAAUGUCAAUUGGAUCACGAGCAGCGCCCCACCUGCCACGUCCGUGCUAUCCGGGAUCCUUGGGAUGUCCCUACCCCAUUGAAGUUGAAAUUAUAUACAGCUGAAAUUUGAAAUGGUUAAGGUUAGGCUAUGGUUAAGGUUAGGGUAGGGGGUAAGGUUAGGGUUUAGGGUAUGGAUGUCCCAAGGAUCCCUGAUAGCACUGACCCACCUGCCACAGCUUCUGAAUCUAGAACCUCAACAUCUCAAUCUGCUGGACAGUUUUCAGUAGCACACUGCCAAGGUCCAAACUGCUGAUGUCAUCUCCAAAUGAUGGAAACCUGGGUCAUGAUCAGGAGGGUACACCAUAGCGCCAAUAUUUAUUUUUACAAUUUGCAUCGGAAAACUGCAUUUUUGAUUGGACAAGCACCUCCCUGUUUCAAAACGUUUUCUCUCAUGAUGUGCCUACUGGACAUGCCCCUGAAAGACAACACUGCCUGGACACCUGCUCCAUUAUAUACCAUCACACUUCAAAUUCAUCUACCAGGAUAUGGCAACUGAUGGUGGUAGACAUAAUAACGUCAUUGUUUUGCCUGGUUUGGAAACAAAUAGUAGUUAAUACGCUUCAACUUGAAUACUGGACAUCCCGUGGAACUUGAAAGGCUAGGGUUCAUUGAUCAAAGUUAUGCAGACCAUGAAGAAGUAUUUUACAUCCGAGCCAUUUCCAAGCGGAUUUUUUUCAGAUUUUUGGAUUGAUAUUGAUCUUUUUUGGAUUGAUUGAGCCCUUAUAUUCUCCAUCUUUGCUCUCUUUCAGGGUGAAUCUGGCUCCUUCGGCCCUGCCGGACCUGCUGGUCUUCGUGGACCCAAUGUAAGUACCUACAACACGUCAUAACACGUUAUAACACGUUAUAACCCAUUAUAACACAUCAUAACACGUUAUAACACAUAACACAUUAUAACACAUAACACAUCAUAACACAUAUAACUUAAUCUACUCAUCACCCCUCAAAGGAAUUAAGGACUAACAUGAUCUACUAUUCAGAAUGUCUUCCCAAAAGACAUUACAUCAGUCAACACUAUCAUGUCAUAUCAGUGGUUAGUUGACGCUAGAUUGUCUGUCUGUCUGGAUGGAUGUGUAUAUCUUGACUGUACAUGUAGGGUCUCCUCUGACACUUUGUCCCUGUGUUCCUGCUCUGUUUUAGGGAGAGCGUGGAGAGGGUGGACCUGCCGGACCUCCCGGCUUCGCCGGACCCCCUGUAA